AAAAUUAAACUGCCUCACCAGUGGGCCAGUGAGGCAGUGUCCGCCAGCCUUGCGCAGUGCCGGUCGUUUGGCUGGCUGCUGCCUCCUCCAAGCGGUUGUUAAUCGAGUCGUUUGAUCUUUUUUCUUCUCAUAAUACCAAGAUUCCGUCCCUUAAGACAUUUUGUAAUUCAAGGUUUAAUUUACCAUAGGCAGUUCCCGGGUCUCUCUUCACGGUCUCUAAUUCUGUCCCAUGAAAACCCACCAUCACCCCCCAGUCGAAAAUGUACCAGCCCCUCAGCACCAGCCGGCGUGAAAUCCGACUCCUUCAGAUCGUCCAAGGUUCCGAGGAUGGCCCAAUCGAGUGUUCAUUGCACACGGUCGACUUUGAUGACAUCGACUUUGAGUUUGCCGCAUUGUCCUACGUUUGGGGCGAUGAGAGUAUAACCAAAAACGUGUUGGUUGAUGGGCACCAACGAGCUGUGACUACGAACCUGGAAUCGGCCCUGCGGAACUUCUGGCGCUACUUCGCAAAGAAUGGCGUCAAUACCAUCAGGCGAGCGAACUUGGUGUCAUCUAUGAUGGACCAGCCCGGUGGUCUCGCCGGACUUAGAAGGUAUCUAGGCUCGGAAAACUGCGAUUUGCACCACGAGAGCGAUGCUGAGGAUGGCGGAGAUGCCGAAGAUGAUGAAGACGCCAAAGAUGAGGGAGAUCCUGAGAGUGGGAGAGGUACUGACGGCGAAGAAGACACUGACGGGGAGCAAGACUCCGAGGAGAGUGGCCUAGAAUACGACAAUGAUCCAAAUGGCACCAGCAUCAAAGAUGGACUCAUGGUUGAGAGAAUUCUCUGCUCUCACCGACGCGCGAGGGUGGGCGGUGGCAACCUACCGAUCUGGAUCGACGCCGUUUGCAUCAACCAAGCCGACCCAGCCGAGAAGAGCAAGCAAAUCCCUAUGAUGCGGGAUAUCUACGCGAAGGCAGCAUGCGUUUUCUCCUGGCUCGGCCCCCCGGACCACAGGAACGUCGACCUUGCCCUGAGCACCAUCCGGAAGCUCGCAGUGCACUUGCACUCGGACGGGUACUCGAGAGCGGAGCUGAAUCGUGAUCACCCGGAGCUGUGCAAAAUCCAUUACAACCACGUUCCUUUCAACAGGUACUGGGAAGCCAUUUCGAAUUUCGCCAACGCCGAGUACUUCGAACGUCUUUGGAUAUUCCAAGAACUGUGGGCGACGGAUGAUGCCAUUUUCCUCUGUGGCGAUGAAUACCUCCCAAUGAGGUCCCUCACCCGCUAUCACGCCUGGGCAGUCUCGCUCGCGCAGGGCGGUGUCGAUCCUCCGUCCCCUCCCCUGACAAUUCCCAUUUUCGCUCCCAUAACCCAAGUCUACGAGAUGAAGGCCGGCCUAAAGCACGCACCGGUGGGGACUCGGUUGUUUCUCAACAUCGUCCGUCAAUGGCGCUGCAAGAACCCACGGGACAAAGUCUUUGCUUUGUUUGGCAUAUUUCGAAUGGACCUCACGCCGGACUAUACCAUGCCCGUGGCGGAGGUGUACGCAAGCUGGGCCACAAAUCCGUGUCAGGAUCUUCCUCUCGGGUCACUGUUGUUUUACUCGGGCAUCGGACUCUACCCGAGACCGCCAAACAACCACGGCCUUGCUUCAUGGCAACCCAAUUUCGAGGUCGUCGGCGAGCAGGUGAAAUCGUUCGACGCUUCCUACGCGUAUCAGUAUUUGGACAUCGAAGUCCCGGCUAGGUUUCAACCCACCGUGUCUCAGACGCGAGGCCUCACUUGCUUUGGUGCCCGCGUGACAAAGCUCAGCCGAGUUGUAGCAGAGGCGCCCAAACCGACGCUUGAUACCUCUGCCCGCGUCGGAGAUCUCGAGUCAAAGCACUUGCGGCUUCCCACCCGUCAAUCAAUGCUCCCGGUGCUGAAGUACCUCGUGGACCACAGACGCCGGCUCUGGGCCCCCGCCUACCACCACAAGGGUUCACCGCUCUGGGGAUUUGUCGAGACCGUCAACGAGAGUGUGGGCGGUGGUUCCCCAGCUACAUCGGACCUCACGCCUGAUAUUCUACGUGGGUUUUCCGCAAGGAGGUUGAUUAAAGCGGCACAGAGCCAGAUCGCGUCGACCAUGGACGGGCCAGACGACUUCACCAAGGAAGAGCUGCAAUUCAUGGGGGUUCAGUCUCUGGGGGAGCUAAACGACUGCCUAGGCGACGUACCUUGGAGUUCGGAUAAGGGUGUCCCCCGCACUCCUGAACUGAAAGCAAGGCAGAAGGAUGCCGUUUCCCAGUUUGUCAGCCGUCUGUGGAUUUUCGCCUUUACCAAGAGUCUUUUCCACACCGAAGACGGACGAUUGGGCGCGGGCCCUCCGGGGAUGGAGGCGGGCGACUGCGUGUACUUGGUUCACGGGUGCUCGUGGCCGGUGCUGGUGCGUGGGCCGGAGGGGGGGCGCCGCCACGUUGGAGUAUCGUACAUCCCCGGACUAUCGGGUGCCCAGAGCUUUCAGGUUCUCAAAGACAGGGCUAAGGAGGUCCAACCAGUGCACUUGGCCUGACGGAGUGACCGGAGGAAGGGGCGGAGAGACGCAACCGGUGGAUGUGGCGAGAAGGACUGACGGCAAUGAGAGCGCAGACAAGGACUUGAUUUCUUCUUGCUCUCGUUACCGACUUACUGGUUCGUCAACAGAAAAUAGACGGAAUACAUCUUAUUGCUGGGCGAUAAUUCCGUAGGCACA